CCUGGGAUCCGCGGUCAUUUCCGGCUCCUGGCGCGACGAGGCGCAGUCCCCAUCGCCUGCUCUAGGUAGUGGAUCCUGCGGACUCUUGUUGAGUAACCAUCCCCCACCUUUUUUCCCUUGGAGCUUCACCAUGGUUCAUGCCAGGAGCUGGAUCCUGAAGAAACACUUUAAAGGCUACCCGACUAACAGUGACUUUGAGUUGAAGACGGUCGAACUCCCACCCUUAAAAAACGGAGAGGUCCUGCUGGAAGCUUUGUUCAUCUCUGUGGAUCCUUACAUGAGACUUGUCUCGAAAAGAUUGAAGGAGGGUGAUAAGAUGAUGGGACAGCAAGUGGCCAGAGUUGUGGAAAGUAAAAACUCAGCCUUCCCAGUAGGAACCAUUGUACUGGUUCAGUCAGGCUGGACCACGCACUCUAUCUCUGAUGGGAAAGACCUGGAAAAGCUGCUUGCAGAGUGGCCGGACACGUUACCCCUGUCUUUGGCUCUGGGAACGGUUGGCAUGCCCGGCCUAACAGCCUACUUCGGCCUACUUAACAUCUGUGGUGUGAAGGGUGGAGAAACAGUGAUGGUUAAUGCAGCAGCAGGAGCAGUGGGCUCGGUCGUGGGGCAGAUAGCCAAGCUCAAGGGCUGCAAAGUUGUUGGAGCAGCAGGGUCUGACGAAAAGGUUGCCUACCUUAAAGAGCUUGGAUUUGAUGUUGCCUUUAACUACAAAACAGUCAAGUCUUUGGAAGAAGCUUUGAGACAGACCUCUCCUGAUGGUUAUGAUUGUUAUUUUGAUAACGUAGGUGGAGAGUUUUCCAACACUGUUAUCUCCCAGAUGAAGAAAUUUGGAAGAAUUGCUAUAUGUGGGGCCAUCUCUACAUAUAACAGAACGGGCCCACUUCCCCCAGGCCCCGACCCAGAAAACAUCAUCUACAAGGAGCUCCACAUGGAAGGCUUCAUCGUCUACCGCUGGCAAGGAGAAGUCAAGCAGCAGGCUCUGAAAGACCUGCUGGCGUGGGUCUUAGAGGGUAAGAUCCAAUACCGUGAACACGUCACUGAAGGAUUUGAAAACAUGCCAGCUGCAUUUAUGGGAAUGCUGAAAGGAGAAAAUCUGGGCAAAGCAAUAGUGAAAGCAUGAAACAAAAAUGACACCUGGAAUCCAGAAAUCAAUCUGGCUGAUUACUUGGUUUCUUUUUUCCUCAUUUAGUAAAAUGUAUACUGUCUUCAUGAUCUAAAACAGUCAUUGUAGUGAGAUUGAUCUACUUAAUAAAAUACAUUUCUGUGGUAUAUAAUUAGCAA